CCGUAUUCCUGCGCACAGGCUUACCACAGCGCAGACUGUAUUACUCCGCAGAUCAGCUGUGUGAGCCACAGAGAGCUGAACGGAGGUGGACGUGUGAAGUAAUAUAGACGGCAGGUGGCUUACACACCUGGACUGUGUCAGACUGUGACGCUGCUGGACUCAGAGACCUCAAUUCCAGGUGUCAGGUCCGGGUUUCAGGUCCAGAUCUCAGGUCCGGUGCAGACACGUCUCUUUAUUUAACGUUGAAUCCGGACAGAGACGAAGAGACAGACUGAGUCACUCUGCUCAAAAGAACUGCACUGCGCAGGCGCGGUCCGGUAGCCGGUUGUCAUGCAGACGGUUUGUUAUUACUGACCCGCGAAGAGGCUGGAAACACCUGAACACACAGACCGAGAGCACGAGGAGAUAAAACUAGUGCAGGUGAUGGCGAUGUCAGAGCGUGAUGUCAUCGACUUCUCGGCGUUGGAGCGCGAGCUGCAGGCGGCGGUGGAGUCUGAGCGCAGACACCAGAGAGAGAACGAGGCCAAACUGAGAGCAGUCAGCCAGGGAGUCGCCUCCUACAGGGAGUUCAGGGACCUGGUCUUGACCUGUCACCUGAAGCCUCUGGACAAGAACGACAAAGACAGAGCUCCACGGAAACAACCCUGUAACCCUGUUGCCCCGAGCAACGAGGAACAAACAAGCCAUUGUUAAUCCUAAACCUUUUUACUGUUAUCUCAUUUAAAGCAUGUUGCUGUCCUGGAAAACCUUGUUUCUCCAGGACUUAAAAACUUUCCAGGAGCUUUCAACUCAGUUCUGGAAGUUUUCCUGCAGUGACUGAGUGUGAGCAUCAGGUGGAGCUGGAGGACAGGCGCUGCAGCUCAGCUGUUCUCAGUCUGUGUGAAUGUGAGAUAUGUUUUAUAUGAACUGAAGACACCGAGGACGGAGACAGGCUGAGUCUGGGCUUUUCAAAAUAAGACACAACAACCAAAUGAAUGUAAUGUAGAAAACAACAUGCAGCUGUCAGAUGACAGGAAACAGAAGGGUGAAUAUUUACUGGUUAUUAAAGUAUUUUCUGUUUGUGUUUAAUAAACUGACGAUCCUUCGUUAAUGA